AUUUGUCACAUUUGUAAACAUGUGCUAUUGUUAUUCGACCAAUUUUAACUAAUUUUUGUCUACUUACAACAAUUUUCCACUAUAAUUUAAGUUCAAAACACCUUAAAAUGAUCUCCGAAUCGAAUAAAUACCAAUUCUACAUCGGAACAUCCAGAGGGACUCUAUUAACCUCGCAAUGCGAUCCAAAGGAAAAAAUAAAGCACACAUCCCGUGAGGAUGCCUCGGAAUUGACAGCGUUAACUUUUGGGCGUAGUGAGGAUGAAAUUAUCGCUGGAUAUGAGAAUGGGGAAUGUCAAAUAUACAAUUCGUUAACUGAUAAGUUUGUAAAGUCUGUUACAAAUUUAGAGGGGGAUGGUAAGGUUUGCGGUAUAGGGUGUAUAAAUAAAACCGUAAUAGUUGGGAGACACGACGGUAUAAUAAACUUAUGGAAUGGUAAAAAGAAUGAUUAUUUUUCUAUUGAUUUAGACGAGAAGGGUUCAAUGAAUGUUUUGUGCCAAAAUACAAAUAGGGAGGGUAUUGUUGGUACUGGGGGUGAAUUUAACGAUUUAAAGCUGUGGAAUGUUGAGACAAAACAGGCUAUUUUCAAGGCAAAAUCGAUGGGUCAUGAUGAAUUGAAUUUGCCGAUUCCUACAUCAAUAAGGGGUAUUUGUUACUUCCCUGAAAAUGAAUGGUUAACUGCCUGUGCCACAAAAGAAGGACAUGUUUUAUUAUAUGAUGAUAGAGCUCAACGUAGACCAGUGGUUAAGUUUUUUGAACAAAAGGCUAGUUUUACUUGUUUGAGUACUGCUUUUAGAGAAAGGCAAUGUUUAGUAGGUACAACAAAAGGUUACAUGUUACUGCUAGAUAUGAAAGCUGGUAAAUGUUUAAACACUUUUAUGUCAUUUUCUGGUAGUGUUACCAGUAUACAGUGUGAUCCAAAUGAACCUGUAGUGGCUUCUACAAGUUUGGACAGGCAUUUAAGGAUACACAAUAUGGAAACAAAAGCUUUGUUAAAUAAGGUUUAUCUAAAACAAAGUCUUACAAGAUUGUUGAUGAAGCCAAUUGUUAAGGAAGAGCCUAAAGAAGAAGAGUUAAAUGCAGAGACAAAUAAAGAAAUUGAUCAAGAAUAUGAGGAAUUGUUUAAUAACAUGGAAACAGUAUCUGAAGAAAUUGAAAAAGUUAAGAAACAAAAAAGGAAAUCAGUGAGCACAGAAGAAUCCAAAAAGAUUAAGAAAAAAAAGAAAAAAGUUGUGAAAGUUGAUGAGUAA